AUGUCGUCCAACUCGGAUCUCACUGCCCCCGGGAGCAGCACGUAUGCCUCGAAUACCUUGCAUGUCGGAGAUGGAACAUGGGACAACGGGCGCGACACAUUCCUUCUGCCAAAUUUGAUGGGGCUCAAUUAUGAUACUAUGCGCUAUAAUGGAAUGGGAAAUCGGUUUCGAGAAAUGCCGCAAUACCGCACCCUGAUAAUCGCUCACGGUGUCAUCGCAACUAUUGUGUUCCUGGGCCUGGUGCCUAUGUCAAUUCUAACCAUUCGAUAUUUUUCCCGCUGGAGUCCGUUUUGGGCCUUCAAGUUACAUGUGUGGUGCCAGGUCUUGACCCUCUUAUUGAGUACCGUCGUCUUUGUCCUAGGUUGGUUUGCUGUCGGUCCCAAGAGAAGUCUGUCGAACCCACACCACGGUAUUGGGCUUGCAAUCUACGUGAUGGUCAUAUUCCAAGUGUUGUGGGGAUGGCUGGUCCACAAAAUAGAAAGCAAGAGAGAACGUUAUCACGUUCCUUUUAAGCUCGUCAUCCACCGAUGGAUUGGUCGUGCGCUUGCCAUUCUGGGACUUAUCCAGAUACCUUUAGGUCUCACUCUGUGGGGAUCCCCGAAGUCCUUAUUCAUCCUAUAUUCGAUCGCCGUGUUUGUUCUUUUGGUAGCGUUCUUCGUCCUAUCGUACCUGUAUGACACGGAAGGUUAUCACCCGGGAGGAACCGAUUACGAUGGUCGACACAGUUAUGUUUCUGGUCCUCCUGGUCCCGACGAUCGCCGUCACAACAGCUUUGGUCGUAUGGCCACGGCGGGAGCAGCCGGGGCUGGAUUGGCCUCCCUCUUCCGUAGGCGCUCCAGGAGCAGAGGCAGGGAUCACAGAUACGACGAUCCGCACACAUCAUUCACAGAGGAAAAGUACUCUGACGAAGGAUCGCGUCGCGGUGGCUGGGCCGAUAAAUUCCUGAAAAUAGGUGCCAUUGGAGGCGGUGCUCUUCUCGCUAAAAAGCUAUUCGAUCGGAGGCGGAACAAAGAGAGUGAUCGUGAAUCUGGACGAUAUCGACCUGCCCAUACUCGAACGGACAGCAUGACAGAAGACAGCUUGAGUCGAUUGGAAGAUGGACGGAGACCAGCACCAAGCUAUCAGACCCCUCUCAAUCGCCCGCCUAGCCGGCCACCAAGCAGACCAGGAAGCAGACCGCAAAGUCCGGGGUCUUCAUACUAUUAUGAGUCGACUUACCUCUCUGGAAACGAGCCAAGACCUUCUCAUGGCGCUCGCAAUGCUUUCUUUGGUGCAGGUGCAUUCGCGGCCCUUAAGAAUAUGUUCAACCGCCGGAAGGGUGACCCGGACCAACGCCGUAUGGAAGAAAUGCGUCGUCAAGAGAUGGAAGACGAGCGUCUCCAGCGUGCAAACAGUAAACGCCGCUACACCGGAGAUGGCUAUUAUCCACGACGACGAGCCGACUCCUUCACCGCUACUGACUUGUCAUCCGACAUGACACGCCCUCCACGUGGUCCCUCGCAUGGCCCUCCACUCGGCGAGUCUGCUCUUACUGGAGGCCCUACCGCCUCUGGUCCGGUUGAUGGAGCGCACUCAGAUAUGCCACCUGUGCCUCCGACUCAACUAACCUCAGAGCUCCCAGCACGUGAUCCGUCACGACCCACGCCUUCUGACUUUGCGGCUGGUGCGGCCGCAGGGUCGGCCCUUGGCGGCCCGUCCAGCCAUCGCCGUCGCCGCAGUAGCAGCAGACGCAGAGAUGACCACGUGGAUUCCCCACCGGUAUCUGUCAAAGUGAAGAUGCAUGACGACGGGCGCCACGUCACUCUACGGAGAUUAACGGAGGAGGAAGCUGCCGCUAAUCGUGAAGCACGACGCAGAGAGCGACGCAACUCCCGCCGUCGCGCUGGUAGUACCAGCUCCUUAUCCGGCGGCGAGGGAAGCUAUGACCGAUGGCGUCGAGUUGAGGAACUGGAGCGCGAACAACAGGAGCAGAUGCGACGAGAACAAGCAGCCGCAGCUGCAGCUGCUCCAUCCGGAACUAUGCCCCCGGCCUCUUACGCACCACCGCCCUCGAAUAUGAGCCAUAUGGCCCCUCCUCCGCCACCCCCGCCUCCAGCCGGCGCAGGUAUGCCCUAUGGUGCAGGGAGCAUAACAUCUCCCGGUACAUACACCGGUACGGAAGCCAGUGGCGACUAUGCGAACAAUCGAAGACGACGACGAGCCGAGCGAGCUCGCGCCCGACAGGACAGGCAGCACAGUGUGGAAUUCACCUGA